CCAGACAGAGCCGUGGAGACGCACCACGCACACCCACCCUCACUACCUGACGCACGGGAGAACCUACCCGCCGCCCAGCCGCCGGCCGCCCUGUCCCUGCCUCCGCCUGCCUCGCCGCCCUCGCCGGUCGCCGGAAACUAAGCCGCCCAGGAGGCUCCUCCGCUCCUCCCUCUCUGUCUCGCCCGCGGCCCGCCCGGCGCUCGGCGCCAACCUCGCCAGCGCCCCCGGCCGAGACCCUGCCCUGACCCGGCCGCCUGGCGCCUCUGCAAGCCGGCGGCAGCCGCCCAGUCGGCACUCGGCUCGGCCUGAUUUGAGGCCCUGUUCAGAAUCUCUCCACUCCGUGGAGCUGUGGAGCUCGGUUUGAGCCGCUCUGUGAAAAUGAGCUGCAGCCUGCUCCUCUUCGGGAGCGCAGUCGAGGGAGCGGAGAGGAACCGAACAGGCUCUUAGUGUGUUUUAGUGAAGAUGUGGCGGCGGCCGCAAGCUGUCCUGUGUCGCAUCUCGCCGGCGAACCUGUCUCCAGUGGCAUGGGCUGGUGGUGGGGCGAGCUACCAUGGCUCCUUGCCAGAGGGGGGGAGGGGAAAGGCGGCGCCUUUGCAGGUCACAGCCUAUCUUCUUACAACUUUACGUGGGCUACACUUUUCCUCAAGCUUGUUCCGACGAAUCAACGAUGAGCCGAGGCAUUGAAUACCCAUUGUUCCAGGCACGUGGGAUGGUGGACAGGUUCCGGCUACUUGCCAGAGGUGGCGAUGGUGGCAAUGGCUGCAUCAGCCAAAGGCGCUCCAGGUCCGACCGCCAAGGCAGGCCCGAUGGUGGCGAUGGAGGGACUGGUGGUAAUGUCAUUCUUGAGUGCUCAAGAUCUGUCUGGGAUUUCAGUAACUUGCAACAUCACACGAAAGCAGUCCGAGGAGGCAAUGGACUUUCUAAGAAACAGAUAGGGACAAGAGGUCCUGACAAGGUCGCCCAAGUACCAGUUGGCACAGUGAUUCAUCUAGUCCGAGGAGAGCGACCGUCUUUCACUGUAAAUAAACCAACCAGAUCUCUAGAUCCAUGGGAUAUCCCAGAUGCUGUGGAUGACUCUGCAGACAGUUCCAAUCAGAAGAACAAGGAUGGCAUUAAUGGAAAUGAAGCUGAAAGAGAAAGAAGCAAUCAGUGGGAGAAGCAAACAUACCCUAGUACAUGCUCCAAGGCUAGAUUUUCGAACGCUGAAGAUAGUGAUGCAAGUAGCAUUCAACCUCAGGUCGAUUUGGAUGAAAAUGAUCAGUUUGAUGACGACGAUGAAGAAUUUUGGGAGGAUGAAGAAGAGACGGAGGAAGAGGCUCUAGAUUCAGAUGAGGAGGGGGAAGAAGAUGACAUACAGUAUUCUGUUGCUGAAAUGACAAGACCUGGGCAACGGUUGAUCGUAGCACAAGGAGGGGAGGGUGGGCUAGGGAAUGCUUCUAUCGGCAGAGACGUCCGUCUAUCCAAAGGAAACAGACAAGAGGAGGUAGCCCGUUUAAGUACUGGACAGCCAGGAACAGAGUCUUUUCUUGUCUUAGAACUGAAGAGCAUUGCUGAUGUUGGCCUUGUUGGUUUGCCUAAUGCCGGAAAGAGCACACUUCUGAGUGCUCUCUCUAGGGCUCGCCCGGAGAUUGCUGACUAUGCGUUCACCACACUAAGGCCCAAUAUUGGUAGCCUAACCUACGACGACUACUUGUCAGUGAAAGUUGCUGACAUACCUGGUCUUAUCAAAGGUGCCCAUGAGAACCGUGGCCUGGGCCAUGCCUUCUUGAGGCACAUUGAGCGCACCAAAGUUCUGUCCUAUGUGCUUGACCUGGCAGCAACACUCAACGGUAGGAAGGGUAUCCCACCAUGGGAGCAGCUACGCGAUCUGGUCGUGGAGCUAGAGCAUUACCAAGAAGGCAUGACAAAGCGGCCAUCGUUGAUUGUGGCAAACAAAAUAGAUGAAGAGGGAGCUGACGCGAUGUAUGAAGAACUGAAGGGGAGAGUGCAAGGUGUUCCGAUAUUUCCAGUGUGUGCCAUCUUGCAAGAGGGAGUACCUGAUCUGAGAGUUGGCCUGAGAGACCUUAUGGAUGCCUCGGAUCGGCAAGGUGUCGAUUUGAGCAAAAUUAUUGUAGACUAAAAGGCUUUGCCCCUCGUUGGAGAAGAAUUGUUCUCCGAUUUUUUCCCCUUGGGCACUGUCUGCUUACAGAUGCACUGUAGAUCCGUGUUGCAAAAAUUGCUCUAAUUUUCUGUGUUGCAGAAUAGAUCAUCCAUUGUUUUAGAAAAUUCAGUGUAAUAAUAACUAAGGGUAACCAGUAUGUAUGCUUUGGUCUUUCAUAGGAACAGCAAUGCGUACUACCAAAAAGGUUCAUUCAAGUGCUA